AUGAAUCUGACCGCCGAACAGUUGGACGAACAAGUGUGCGCUUCCGACGGACUGUACAAAGCACUGACCUCUCCGAUCAUGAAACUCAACUGUCUCUUCAUCAUUUUUGUCAUCCUCCUCAGCUACUAUUUCUCAUACAAAGCCCUCAGAACCCUUAUCCAUCAGAAUAUCUUCUCCGAAUGCACCCGACUCAUUCUGCUCGUCGGCUCUAUCAAUUCGAUAGCGCACCAGACUACGAUGAUGGAAAUUCGAGUGAGUUUGCUUCUUUUUCGGAAGAUGUUAUUACUCGAUUCUGUUCAGAUUCGGCAAAUAUACCGUGGAUUCGUGUGUGAGGAGAAUAGAUGUCAAAUCCAAUUCCACUCAUCAGAAUGUGUUUACGAAUUGUAUUUCUACUACAUCACAAACUUCUUUUCGACUUUUUCACUGUUCUCGCUGACAUUUGACAGGUUUGAUAUCCCCCUAAUUUUAAGCUCUACAAAAUCUUACAGAUUGAUAGCCCAUUUCUGGUCCAACAUCUACUCAUCCCAUCAGAAGCUCAUUCCGUUCUCGCUCCUUUUACUCCAGCUCAUUCUCGCCGUUUCCACGCAUCUCUACGGCUUUCUCGGUGUUUCUCUGGCCGGAUACGUUCCGAUGUGCACUUUUCCGCCUCAACUCGCCAACAACUUUGACACUAUCAACCGAUUCCGGACUUAUAUUAUGCUUUUCUGCAUUGGAAUCACUGUGUUCAUUUUGAUUUUUAGUAUGAAAGCGGAGAAAAGGUAAGCAGCUUUUUUUGAAGCGAAUCAAUAAUCUGAUUAUGAAAUUCCAGAAUUCACAACCAAGUCUAUGACACGAACACUCGUUACAUGGCCUACGAGAAUGUGAUGACGACGAAGACCGUCUGUCUGAUUAUCAUCUCGCAGUUUCUGUGCAUUAUCAUUUCGUCCUAUGGUAUCACAAUAAUCAGAAACCUUCAAUCGGCCAUUCCUGAAGACAUAUUUCACACGAUUGUCCCGUUCCUUCCGGUGAGAGUUUUCAAACUAUCAACCCGAUAAUAUUCUUCAUUUUCAGGGUGUGACCUAUGCGAAUCUCUGUCUCCCAAUCGUCAUCUGUUAUAAAACAAAGGAGACGAUCCGUCGGAGGAAGAGCACGAUUGGAGAGAUGACUGCCGCGUCCGGAAGCGUCGACACUCACAUGGAAUGGCUCACAACUCGUGGACUAAAUGAUUCUUUUUGGGAAUGA